AUGGAUGAAUAUCGAGAAUCUCAAAGGAAACAAAUUCAAGAAGCUUUAGAAAAGGGCGAGCUUAAAACUGGUAGGGGCUUGCAUCAAGAACUUGGUAUUUCUAGAGCUUGUGAUACUCGCUGGGGAUCUCACUUCAAAUCUUUUAAUUGGUUUAUUCUUCAGUUUGGAAUUACAAAUGACUGUAGUACAUGCUUACAAGAAAAAGAGCAAGAUAUUGCGAAUGCCGUGCGACUUAUUAAUGUGGCAAAGACAAGGUUGCAAGAGUUAAGGGAAGAUAAAAAAUGGAAUUUGUUUGUUGCUGAGGUAUCUACGUUUUGUGUCAAAUAUAACAUUGUGGUACCUACUUUUGAUGAGUCGUAUGUUAACUCGGGGAGAUCACGGCGUAAACCUGCUGAUUAUACUUUUUUACAUCAUUAUCAUGUUGACGUAUUUUGUAAAAUAAUUGAUUGGCAACUGCAACAACAUAAUGAUCGUUUUGAUGAGGAGACAACUGAGUUGCUUCAUGGAGUUGCUUGUUUGAAUCCGAUAGACUCAUUUUCAAGUUUUGACAUCCAGAAAAUAAUGAGAAUGACUGAAUUAUAUCCUGAUGACUUUGAUGAAUUUAGUAUGUGUUCUCUUGAGAAUCAGCUUGCAAAUUACAUUAUUGAUGUUCGUGAUAUCGAUAAAAGAUUCUCCAAUUUGAAUGGGCUUUGUGAUCAUUCAAAAAGACUGGUUCAGACAAAAAAGCAUUCAUGUUAUCCUCUUGUAUUUCUUUUAAUGAAAUUUGCUUUGCUUCUCCAGUUGCCACUGCAUCCAUUGAAAGAGCUUUUCGGCAAUGAAGUUUAUUAA